AUGGACUUGGGGCCGAUGCAAAAGGUCAUCUCGGAGCUCGGCUUGAAGCGCGCGAUGGCGGCCUAUUUGGCCCGCCGAGCUACGGGAGCGCCGGAGAUGCUCUGCAUUGCACAGCACGUUCUGCUGAAGCGUUGGCUCAACUGCCGCCUUCGCCACGAGUACCGGCGCAUCGUCUUUUACGAGACCUUUGACCGGCUGGGAUCGACGGCUGAGUUUGACGGGUACUACCGGUCGUUCUUAACGAUGUGCGUGCAACUGCAAACGGCACUGAUGCGUCGCAUCUUUCCGCUUGAUCGCGAGACGAACGCCAUGUCCGUACUCGCCCUCGUGUACCGUCGCGUCGGUCACCAAGUACAGGGCCGCAUCACGCUCGCUUGA